AUGUUGACUGCCGGAGUUCUUAGUCAUACUCUUGUAGUUGUGGUGACGGUUCUCUUGACCUCAGGAAUCUGGCUGACGGCCUAUUUUGCUGGAGUUAAACCGUCUAAGUCAGUAAAUACAUAUAAUUAUAAUUAUAAUGGUUGUAACUCAUCUACUACCUCUUCUUGUCCAGAUCUUCCUACACCUCCAAGUUGUGCCGAUACUUGCGAGUUCGUAGUUUGUGAAUCAAUCCCGGAUGGACUGCAGUUUGACCCGAAAUAUCAACGUUUCAAUUCUACCACAGACUGUUGGAUGAGGUUACUAAAAGAAGCUCAACAGGAAGUAUUACUUGGAAGUUUUUAUUGGUCUCUCUUGGUCAAAGAUACUGGCGAUAAUUAUACAUCUGAUCCUACCAAUACCUCAGUAAAUGGCCAACAGAUCUAUGACAACAUCGUUUCUACCGCUAAACGUGGAGUUAACUUCAGAAUCACGCAAACAUAUGAAAAAGAAGGUACACCGGAGACUGAAGAGUUCCAAAAGCUUGUUCCGGGGAAAUUCAAUGUGAGAUCAUUAGAUUUCACUCAAUGGUACAAAGGAGGUAUUCUACAUACAAAGUCGUGGGCUGUUGAUGGAAAACAUUUGUAUGUUGGAAGCGCCAACUUCGAUUGGAGAUCUUUACGACAAGUGAAAGAGCUUGGAAUAGCUGUUUUCAAUUGUCCAUGUUUGGCACAAGAUUUGACGAAACUUCUGGACAUUUACUGGGAAAUGGGAGCACCAGGCGCUAAGAUACCUCAAAUGUGGCCACAAAAAUAUUCAACGGGAAUUAAUCAUCAAUCACCUAUAACAGUUCCACAGUCACAAGGAAAUCAAGCUGUUUACUUUUCCGCAUCGCCACCAGGAUUCCAGUCAUGUGGACGUGAAGACGAUUUGACAGCAAUGAUCAAAGCGAUAGAUGAAGCUCGCUCAUCCAUCUCGUUGGCAGUUAUGGACUACUCAUGCUCAAGUCUUUAUUUAUCUCCUAAUUACUGGUCUGCCAAGCUUGAUGAAGCUAUUAGGAGAGCUGCUUUUGAUCGACAAGUUAAGGUUCGCUUCAUGAUGUCUCGUUGGCCCGAUACGCGGAAAGAAUUCUAUACUUAUCUGCGUUCCUUGAAUGAUGUCAGUGAUCAGCUGCCAUGUGUAUAUUCAAAUGGAAAAUGCUCAAAGAGAGGUUCCAUUGAAGUGCGCUUAAUAGAAGUUCCAGUUCAGCAGUUCGGGGAUAUUCCAUUUGCACGUGUUUAUCACAAUAAAUAUUUUGUUACUGAAUCAACAGGCUACGUAGGCACAUCCAAUUGGUCUCCCGAUUACUGGUCCAAUACUGCAGGAAUUGGUAUGAUAAUUAGAUCGGAUGACUCAACAAGCAGCUCUUAUCUUGUUGCUAACUUGCAAAACAUUUUUGACAGAGAUUGGAACUCCAACUAUACUACCUCAAUUAAUAAAUUCGAUAAUAAUGGAAAUAGGAUAAAUUGA